GUUAUUUUUUGCUAAAUAUUCUCUUGAUUUUCCCACUUUUUUUAAAAUUCUGGUGAAGGCAUCUUGUGAUACUUUAGUCAUCAUGAUCCUUGCCGUUGCUUGUGGCCUCACAAUUCAGUCUCGUCUUUUCACAGUUUUUUUCCCCCUUUUCUUGCAUGAAUUUGCAUUUUAUUCUGCUCUUGUGCCUCAAAUCAAUGAAAAUAACUCCUCUUCAAAGUGGUGUUAAUUGGUGCAUGCAGACAUCAAAGUUCUGAUCAGUCAGUUUAAGCUAACAGUGAGUUUAUGUGCUUCAUACUUGUUGCUAAUCUCUGAUCUUGCUUCGCCGCUGGAUGUGUGUGCGUAUGCUUGUGUGUGUGUGUGUGUGUGUGUGUCCAUCCUUUUCUCUUCACCUCACCUCCUCCUCUCCUCCAGUCUUCUACCCGCCGUUCUGGAAAGGUGAGCUUGUCCACAGCAGACUGGAGGUCAAAUGGGAUCAAAACAGAAUGAUUUUAGGGCGGCCGUUCAUACUGUUAUUUAAAUGUUAUUUUAGUCUUUUUCUUUCUUUUUUUUUAAUCAGGAUGAUAGUUAUAUCAAGGCCAGACCUUCAAAUGAUUGAAAUCUUACUGAAGACAUGUAGAUGGUGAUGGUGUCUUGUUUGGUAGAAACUUUUUUUUUACCCUGUUUUCAAAAGCAGAUUGUAUGUCUCAGCACUACAGAUGUCACACACAGUAUAAGCAUAAUCAGAAUGAUAUUUUAGUGUAACUGACUAGCUAGUUGGAGCUGAAGUAUGACAAGGUUUCGUUCUUCAGCUUAAAGCUAACUGUGCAGCAUUUAGUCUCCGAGUACCUCAUCGGAGUCCUAACACAGUCUCUAUGAUCCUGCUGUGGCAGUGGAGCACACCACGUCUCUCAGAAACUGCCUCCCUCCCCUCCCUCUUCAUACGUCCCCUCAGAGGCUCCAGGGUGUCGCUCUCGGUACGCUCAGUCAUAUCACAGAACCUCACCUGGCACUGCACAGGGUGUGAAAGCUGUAGAGUGUAGUCCUUUGUGGCACAGGUGCAUCGGUGUCUGAGAGGUUUUAGGACAACAUCUCUUGAAAAGGACAGUGGGAGGUGGUAUGUUUGGAUCUUGAAAACACACGAAAUCAAGAAGAUUAUUGUAUUUUUUAACAAAACAUUUCAGGAAUUAAUCACUGGGUUUAUCCAAGGUGCAUGUUAACAGUGGCACAAACACUUGUUUUGAUGACUGCAUUGUUUACUGACAUUUAAAUACUAACACGACUCCAAUCCUUCCUUUCUCAGUCUGCUUCAUUCCUCACCUUCUUCCUCUUGUUGCUUUCUGACACGUCUGCCUUUGUCGACAGGCGUCUCGUGAGAGUCUCUCGACGUCUCUGUCUGGUGAUGUGAGUGAGGCCGGUCUGUCCUCCCAGCAGGGUGCUCUGGGGGCGCCUGUUGUGCCUCAGCCCAGCGGGUCGCCUGCAGCAGCCGCCACCGCCGUCCCAGCGACUCCAAGCAAGGAGGAGGAAUCACUGCGAGCUCAAGUCAAGGACCUGGAGGAGAAGCUGGAGACCCUGAAGAUGAAGCGAACUGAGGACAAGGCCAAGCUGAAGGAGCUGGAGAAACACAAGAUCCAACUGGAGCAGCUUCAGGAGUGGAAGACCAAAAUGCAGGAGCAGCAGGCUGAUCUGCAGAAACAACUCAAAGAGGCCAAGAAGGACGCCAGGGAGGCUCAGGAGGCCAAGGACCGCUACAUGGAAGAGAUGUCGGACACAGCAGAUGCCAUAGAGAUGGCCACGCUGGAUAAAGAGAUGGCUGAAGAGCGAGCAGAGUCCCUGCAAGUGGAGGUGGACACACUGAAAGAGAAGGUGGAGGAGCUCUCCAUGGACCUGGAGAUCCUUAGACAUGAGAUAUCAGAGAAAGGCUCAGAUGGAGCUGCCUCAAGCUACCAAGUCAAGCAGCUGGAAGAGCAGAACAGCAGGCUGAAGGAGGCUUUGGUCAGGAUGCGUGAUCUGUCUGCCUCGGAGAAACAGGAACACGUGAAGCUGCAGAAGCAGAUGGAGAAGAAGAACACUGAGCUGGAAACUCUGAGGACUCAGAAGGAAAAACUGCAGGAAGAAGUCAAGCAGGCAGAAGCCACCAUUGAUGAGCUGAAGGAGCAGGUGGAUGCUGCUUUGGGGUCAGAGGAGAUGGUGGAGACCUUGACAGAGAGGAACCUUGACCUGGAAGAGAAAGUCAGAGAGCUGAGAGAAACAGUCACUGAUCUGGAAGCUAUCAAUGAGAUGAACGAUGAGCUCCAGGAGAACGCCAGAGAGACAGAAAUGGAGCUGAGGGAGCAGUUGGACAUGAGUGCAGCGAAGGUCAGAGAAGCAGACAAAAGGGUGGAAGCCGCUCAGGAGACUGUGGCUGAUUACCAGCAGACCAUCAGUAAAUACAGAGAGCUCACCGCCUCCCUUCAGGAUGCCAACAGGGAGCUGAUCAGUCAGCAGAAUGCAAAUGCAGAACAAGUUCAGCAACCACCUGCAGAGCUGUUUGACUUCAAGAUCAAGUUUGCAGAGACCAAGGCUUAUGCCAAGGCUAUUGAGAUGGAGCUGAGGAAGAUGGAAGUGGCCCAGUCGAACAGACAGGUGUCCCUCCUCACUUCCUUUAUGCCGGACUCCUUCCUGCGUCACGGUGGAGACCACGACUGUGUUCUGGUGUUGCUGCUCAUCCCCAGGCUCAUCUGCAAAGCUGAACUGAUCAGUAAACAGGCCCAGGAGAAGUUUGACUUAAACGGGAACCUGGUCCAGGGAGUAGGGCUCAGAGGGCCUCCAGGAGAACAGCGCAGUUUUGCUUCAGGACUGGUCUACUCCCUCAGUCUGCUGCAGGCCGCCCUGCACAAAUAUGAGCAGGCUCUGAACACCUGCAGCGUGGAGGUGUUUAAGCGCAUGGGGACACUCUACACUGAAAUGAGCUUCCAUGAGCGCUCUCUGGAUUAUUUCAUAGACCUGCUGCAUAAAGACCAGCUGGAUGAGACUGUUCAGGUGGAACCGCUGACUAAAGCCAUUAAAUACUAUCAGCAACUGUACAGUGUCCAUCUGGCAGAACACACUGAAGACUGCACAGUGCAGCUGGCUGAUCAUAUUAAGUUUACCCAGAGCGCCCUGGACUGUAUGGGAGUGGAGGUGGCUCGUCUGCGGGCAUUCUUGGCACCAGGACAGGAGGGCUCUGGCCUCUUGGUUCUUUUGAAGGACCUGGACACGUCCUGCUCUGACAUCAGACAGUUCUGUAAGAAGAUUCGCCGCCGCAUGCCUGGAACUGAUGUCGCUGGAGUUCCUGCUGCUCUCAAUUUUGGACCACCGGUGUCAGAGACGCUGACGGAGUGCAGGCGCCAGCUGACCCGUGUGGUUGCAGUGCUCCAGGAGGUGACUGCAGCUGGAGCUCAGAUGGUUGCUCCUCUGGGAGAACAGGAGGGUCUCAACGCUCUCAGACUGGAGGAUACUGCCUGCAAAGUCGUUGAGCAGGUUUACGGCACACAAGGAGUGAACGGCCCAGAAUUACUGCGACAGUCCUGCAGCUCAGUCAUCGCCACCAUGAACAAGAUGGCUACAGCCAUGCAAGAAGGAGAGUAUGACGCUGACAAACCACAGGGGAAGACUUCCCCAGUGGAGAUAAGAGCAUCCACUGUCAGGGCUGAGAUGACUGAUGCUGAGGGUCUGGGAGUCAAACUAGAAGACAGAGAAACCGUCAUCAAGGAGCUGAAGAAGUCCCUGAAGAUUAAGGGUGAGGAGUUGAGUGAGGCCAGUGUCCGCCUGAGCCUUUUGGAGAAGAAGUUGGACACCUCAACCAAAGAUGCUGAUGAACGAGUGGAGAAGAUUCAGACCAAACUGGAUGAGAACCUCGCCCUGCUGAAGAAGAAAGAAAAGGAGUUUGAGGAGACGAUGGAUGCUCUGCAGGCUGACAUCGACCAGCUGGAGGCAGAGAAGGCAGAGCUGAAGCAACGCAUCAACAACCAGUCAAAGAUGACAAUCGAAGGCCUGAGAAGUUCUCCUGCCUCAGGAAUCGCUUCCAUCAUUCAGGGAUCUGCAGGAGCAGGUGUGCCUCCAUCUAUGGCAGGAGCAAUGCAGGUGGUGGACUCUCCUCUCCUCAUAAAGCAGGUUGAGGCGCAGAGACUCGGCAUUAAACGCCUCAAGAAUGAAAACAACAGACUCAAGGCGGAAAAGAUGAGAGCCCAGUUGGCCUCCCUGCCACCGCUCUGCCCUCCCAAACUCCCACAAGUGUCCAAAGAAAGCUCCAUGCCUCCAGAAGGACUAAACACAGGCAUCUAUCGCCGGACCGACCAGCUGCUGGCCACCCUGCUCAAACUGAGUGCAGAGGUUAAAGUGGUGGACAUUACUGGAAAGACAGCAGUUAGUGCCAGUGCCCAGCUGCUGGAACAGACAGCUAGACUGCAGAACCUCAGUGAUGCUCUGGACAAGCUCAAGGGCGAGGUAGCUGAACAUGUGGUCUCAUAUCAGCCUGGAGCAAAGGCGUCCUCUGACUUUGCCACGUUCCCCGUCUCCUCCUUUGUUAAGGCCAAGGAGGAGAAGCAGGGAGGAACAGUGUUUGUAGGUCGUGUUGCCAUCCCAUGUACCCGCGGACAGGAACAAGUCCAUCGCCUCGUCCUGUCACAGCAGCAGCUGCACAAAGUGCAUCGUCUCCUCAUGGUUUAAGGUGCUGCCUGCAGCCGUGAUCAACAGUGCAUCAAGAAAAGCUUUUGUUUGUUUUUCCUUGUCCCCUCCCUGUUCUCAUUCACUUCAACAUUCUCUAUUUAUCCCUUUUGCUUUCCACUGUUCUCAGGAAACUUCAUCUGCAAAGUUAUAGCACUAAUACAAUGGACCGACAACAGGGUCUUUAUAUUGACAAAAACUGAUUAGUGUUGGAUCAUUUUUCACAAGUCCAAGACUAUUGAAUGUCACAUGAAGGCAUCAUUGAGAGUUUGUGACCAAUUUUGACAACUCAUUGUGGAAAUGAAGAAAACUAACAAGUCAUUUUUACUGUACUUGUACCAGUUGAUAGCAGUUUCCCUUUGUAUCUUUUGUAUUUGUAGUAAUUCAGACAAUAAAAGUAAGCAGUUCAACUUCA